UGAAACCGUUGUCGUUUGGCUUUUAAAAACUAAAAAUGUAUCAGAGAUGACCUGAAUUUUCCACUUCACAGCAUUGCACUUGUCAGAUCCUUCCGUGGGAUCCCUGUGCUCCUAGAGAUUGAAUCAGGGGAUAAAAGUUUUCUCACGGGGAGCCUGAGUCAAACAGGAUCAUAAAAGAUGAGCCUCACCUGUUGCUCGGGAGCAUGACCGAGAAAGUUCAGUCAUUUUUGUCUUACCCGGGAUGUGACCCAACAGGCAGGUUUAAGUGGGGUCAUUUGACCUUUUAUGAGCAUGAAUUACGAACCUGCGUGCCCUCUAUGCCAAGAGUCUCCCUCAAUAUGCGGGUGGCGCACUUAUAUAAUGACCUGCUAAUGACAUAAAUAAAUUGAAUGCUGUAGAGGGAGAUUGUCAAGCUCAGUCAAGGCUUUGGCAAAGUGUGUUGAUUUAAAUGGCGUAUUGAGUUGCAAUGACGCAGAUAAAUUCAGUAUCAAAACAUUAUAAAGAAAUAGCUUUAUCUAUUUCGUCUAACAGAUACUAGAUCACAAUGGAAAACAAAAAGGAGGAAGCACAGAAAACAUCACCUUCGUCCCCGAAGCCAACGAAGAAAACAUGCAGUCCGAUGAAAACCAAGAAUAUGUGGUAUGGCGUCGUGUCCCUGAACAUUGCUAUGGUACUUGUCAUCCUAGCCAUCGUCGCCGUCACGCUCUUCCGAAGGGAGACACACGACUCGCCGGAGUUCGAGGACUUUCCGACUGAUAGCGAGCCACUUCCUGUGGGACCCCCUGACGCGGAUGGCCCGUAUCACCACGCUGCUGUCGCGGCGGAUUCUGGGAAGUGUUCAGAGAUUGGUCGCGACAUGAUGAAGCUGCGAAAUGGGUCAGCGGUUGACGCUACCAUCGCCGCGUUGUUUUGUAUUGGGUUGAUGAACAUACACUCUGCGGGUAUUGGUGGCGGCGGAUUCAUCGUGGUUUACAACCGAAGCACAAAGUUCUCUGAAGUGUUUGAUUUCCGAGAGGAGGCCCCGGGGCUUGCGAACAAAACGAUGUACAUUAACAGCAACCUCAGCUCGACAAUCGGUCCCUCUUCCGUAGCGGUUCCUGGGGAGAUCAAAGGCUACCUCGCGGCGUGGAAGAAGUACGGUCGCUUGCCCUGGAAAGUACUCGUUCAGCCUUCAAUCGACCUUGCACGCGAAGGAGUCCAGAUCGGCUACGACACUUUCAGCUCCAUGAAGGAAAUCCAACCACUUUUACUAAACAGCCGUGGAUUAAGUGAGCUGUUUAUCACUGAAGACGGCAAUCUACGCAAGCUCGGUGAGACAAUCAAGUUACCCAAACUUGCGCGCACGCUGGAGCGAAUUCGUGACGAUCCCGAGAGCUUCUACACCGGUGACCUCGCGAGGGAUAUAGUGAACGAACUACAAGAGGAGGGCGGGCUCAUUACACUUGAAGACAUGAGGAACUAUAAGGUCAAGGUCAAAGAGCCACUCAAGUUCCGCUUUGGGGAGUACAACUUUUUCACUACCCCUCCCCCUGGCAGUGGAACAGUGCUGAAUCUCAUCUUAAAUAUACUCAAAGGUUUUAAGAUGACAGGCGAAGAUCGCAAAGAUGACGCGAGCUCUAUUCUUACAUAUCAUCGCAUAGUGGAGGCGUUUAAACUUGCUUACGCAAACCGCGCACUUCUUGGGGACCCAGGGUAUUCAGACAUCGACCAGGCGAUGAGCAUCCUUACAGAUCCGGUGUUUGCCGAGGGACUGCGCAAGAGGAUUUCGGACACCCAAACGUACAACAAUUUCACGUACUAUGGCAACUACUUCGCCAACAAGGAUGAUGGUGGGACGACACACGUUUCUGUCUUGGCUCCGAAUGGCGACGCAGUGGCCGCGACAACAACCAUCAACCUCCAUUUCGGUUCAAAGUUCAUGGGGGGGACCACUGGGAUCCUGUAUAACGACGAAAUGGAUGGGUUCGCCGUACCUGGGCACCCCAAUGCAUACGAGCUUGAGCCCGCGGCACCAAACUUUAUAUUACCUGGCAAGCGGCCUCUGUCAUCCACAGCACCCUCCAUUUUUAUUGACAACAAGGAUGACGUCAAGCUUGUUGUCGGAGCAUCUGGUGGGCCUAAGAUUACCACGGCUAUUUCGCAGGCGAUCAUGAAUUUCUUCUGGUUCAACCGUACUUUGUCCCAGUCCGUUAUGGACCCGCGCGUCCAUCACCAACUAUUACCCAUGUACAUCCGGGUCGAGAAGGACUACCCUAUGCCCCAGGCCAUCCUCGACGGGUUGAAGAAGCUCGGCCAUGAAGUUGUGCCCAAGGAGGGCUUUGCAGUAGUUCAAGCGGUCACUAAAGUAGAAGAUGGAAGAGUGAUGGCGAAAUCAGACCCAAGGAAGUUCGGCUGGGCUGCAGGGUUCUAGACCAAAUAGUACAACAAUACUUCUAUAAAUCGUGUCAGAUUGACAUUAGGGCGGUAGUUAGCUGUGGGCGGAGGAAUCUUGAGAAAUGACCAGUGCUUCUUGAUUUAACCGCCAUCGACAUGUACUUUUACAUCUAUGUAUGUCUGCUUGUCUAUUUAUCCGCCAUCGACAUGUACUUUUACAUGUAUGUAUGUCUGCUUGCCUAUCUAACCGCCAUCGACAUGUACUUUUACAUGUAUGAAUGUCUGCUUGUCUAUCUAACUGUCUGUCUGUCCGUGCAUCUGACACCCUGCCCAUCUGCCUAUUCAGCAUUUUUGUCUGUUUGGAGUCUCUGGAGUUUCUGCUUUGCCCUCACUUCUCGGCUUAGGCCCAGUGAUGCUUUUGAUCCUCGGAGUCAUUCCUUUGCAGCCCUCGGGCCUCACGAAAGUAAGGCAAACACCCCUCAUUUAGACCUCGCAGGGCCAUAGCAGGGGGUGGGGCACAGGGGGUAGGGCACUGGGGGCAUGUGCCCCCAAUAUUUUCAAAAACUAUAAGGAAAUGACCAGUAGGGGCGUGGUUGUGCCCCUUGUUGUUUCUAAAUGUUUCUGUAUCGUGCCCCCCCCUCCCCAAUAAUUCGAUUCCUGCUACGGCUAUGCCUCGGGCACACUGCACUGUGAGAAACGCCUUCGAAACUAAUCAAAAGAAAUAUAGUAUUACCAUUGGGCUAGCAAACCACCCCUUAUAUCAAUUCACAGAUAGCUUCAUAAACAAGCUAACCACCACUGAUAUCGACUCAUAAAGAGCUUCAUACACCAUCGGCGGAUCCAGGAGGAACUGGGAGGCGGCGGUACCUCCCUCGGACUGAAUUUUUUCAAUAAAAUGUUAGAGAGUCGUAAAAAGAUUUCCCUACGGCGGCCAUACGUUUUACAAUUGCUGCUCCCUUCUUAAAGAUUGUAGCCUCUUGCCGCAGUGGCAUUAUUGCAUUAUUUAUGAAAUAAUAAUCAUAAUAAGUUUACCACUCUUGAUUGUAGUCUCCAGGUUUAAAUUACAUGGGUGGCAAGUUAUUUAAACCUAUACAUAUUUAUACGUCACGAGAUUGCCAAGUCGUUCCGUCCUCUAUGGAUGUGAAAUUCAUUUCUAGUAGCAACGCCAAGCAUGUUAUAUUUAUCAAGUAUUCUACGACGAGGCAGUUCUAAGACGGCAUGGUUCAAUAUGAUAAAAAUGUCCAUUACUUAAAUGAAUAGUGAAAAGCUAAGGUAUCAACUGUUCAAAGGUAUACUUAUAGUGGUAUCAACUGUUCAAAGGUAUACUUAUAGUAGUAUCAACUGUUCAAAGGUAAGUAUCCAGGCACGUUCCCAGGAUUGACUGAGAGGGGGUGCGAAGUCAUGAGAACCAUAUGAAAAAAAGAUAGUGUUUGAUGAUCCUUCAAUAAGAAAUGUCCCACUUUUUGCCGGCCAAGGGGCCACCCCCCUGGACCACCCCCCUGGAACACCCCCUUGGGUCACCCCCUUGGGCCACCCCCCUGUGUAUGCGCCUGGUAUAAAAUAUAUUGAAUUGCAAUAAAUAAGAAUUCAAUAAAAUCCAUCUAUAAUGCA